AUGUUUGGUAAAGGUGAUAAAAAAAAACGCAAUGAAAUACGACCUAAUGUCUCAAAAGUAGUUUUUGGUAUUCCUUUGGAGCAAGCCAUUGCAGUUGCGCGCAUAAAAGAAGGGUACGAACUCCCUGCUGUCGUUUUUAGGUGUAUAGAAUAUCUGGAUGCAAAUGACGCAGAUAAAGAAGAAGGCAUUUAUCGUCUUAGUGGUGCUGCCAUGACAUUAAAACAUUUAAAAGAUAGGUUCAAUGCUGAAGGCGAUGUCGACUUACUUAAUCAAGGAAAGUAUUACGAUGUGCAUGCUGUGGCUGGAUUAUUGAAGCUUUAUUUGAGAGAAUUACCUACGAAAAUUCUAACCCGAGAAUUACACAUGGAAUUUGUAAACGCUGUUCGUCUUCUUGAUAGACGAGAUCGUAUUAAUAAACUUGGUCGUUUAAUUUCAUCUCUUCCUUUAGUCAACUAUACAUUACUUCGGACACUGAUAGGUCACUUAAUUAGAAUUGUACAAAAUUCUGAGAUUAAUAAGAUGACCGUACAUAAUAUUGGGAUGGCAUUUUGUCCUACAUUGGGUAUCCCAGCCGGUGUUUUUAGUCUCUUCAUGGCAGAAUUCGAUUACAUCUUUACAAAUAGUAAUGGUGUUGCUGCACCAAAAACUAUAGAAGCAACACCAGAAAAUCACCAAAAAAUUUAUCAACCUUCAACGAAUGUUUUUUCAACCAAACCUACUUCAGAUAAGCAACAAUUGAAAGAUGCCAAUCCGAAUGAAUCUACCGCUUUACGACGCCGUGAAAUUACAAGCAGAAGUAAUCGAAAUGGUGUUUAUUAUAUGAAUAGUGCUUCUGAUGUUGUAGUCGUGUUAGAACGGGAGUUGACAGUAACUAAAUCAAGCCCUCGCCGAAAUGAGCAGAAUGACGAUUCAUUAGGGGAAGAUGUUAAUUAUUUCGCUCUUCAGGUUGAGGAUAUUGAUUAUGAUGCGGAGAGCGUAUCAUCAGCUUCAAUUGAAGAAUUUAUUGCAUCCUCGCCACCGGAUUCUUCAAACUUUUCACUACCAUCAUUACAAUUGCCACAAACAAAUUAUUAUUUUUUCUAG